GUGUCCAGGCGGGGACUGUCCCUGGUCUUUCCCUUGUGCGGGCCUCCAGACAGGACUGGCAGCUCCAGUCGGCAUGGAGGGGCCCCAGGUCACCACCCGGAUCUUCGUGCUCCUGCUGCCUCUGCUGUCGCCCCUGGGUCCAGCUUGGCUCGUCGAUGCCCGGCGGUGCCCACAGAGCUGUGUCUGUGACAACUCCAGGUGGCACACUACCUGCCGGCAGCAGAACCUCACCGAGGUGCCAAGCACCAUUCCCGAGCUGACCCAGAGGUUGGACCUCCAGGGCAACAUGCUGAAGGUCAUCCCUCCAGCCGCCUUCCAGGACCUGCCUUACCUCACGCACCUGGACCUGCAGCACUGUCAAGUGGAGGUGGUGGCCGAGGGGGCCUUCCGAGGCCUGGGCCGCCUGCUGUUCCUCAGCCUGGCUUCCAACCGCCUGAGCUCGCUGCCCCAGGAGGCGCUGGACGGGCUGCACUCGCUGAGACGGCUGGAGCUGGAGGGGAACAUGCUGGAGGAGCUGCGGCCGGGGACGUUCGGCGCUCUGGGCUCGCUGGCCACGCUCAACCUGGCCCACAACGCCUUGGUCUACCUGCCCGCCAUGGCCUUCCAGGGGCUGCUGCAGGCUCGCUGGCUGCAACUGUCCCACAACGCGCUCAGCGUGCUGGCCCCCGAGGCCCUGGCCGGCCUGCCCGCGCUGCGCCGCCUCAGCCUGCACCACAACGAGCUGCAGGCCCUGCCCGGGGCCGCCCUGUCCCAGGCCCGCAGCCUGGCGCGUCUGGAGCUGGGCCACAACCCGCUCACCUACGCGGGCGAGGAGGACGGCCUGACGCUGCCCGGCCUGCGGGAGCUGGCCCUGGACCACGGCUCCCUGCAGGCCCUGGGCCCGCGGGCCUUCGCCCACUGCCCGCGCCUGCACACCCUCGACCUCCGCGGGAACCAGCUCAGCACCCUGCCCCCGCUGCAGGGCCCGGGCCAGCUGCGCCGGCUGCGGCUGCACGGCAACCCGCUGUGGUGCGCCUGCCGCGCGCGGCCCCUGCUCGAGUGGCUGGCGCGCGCUCGGGUGCGCUCGGACGGCGCGUGCCGGGGCCCGCGGCGGCUGCGGGGCGAGGCCCUGGACGCGCUGCGGCCUUCGGACCUGCGCUGCCCGGGGGCCGCGGCGGGGGCGGACGAGGAGGACGAGGAGGAGCGGCCGGCCGCCCCCCGCGCCCCGCCCCGGCCCCCGGGCGGAGAGGCCCCGGGGGCCGCGCCCUGCCCUCCCGCCUGCCUGUGCGUCGCCGAGACGCGCCACAGCGCCUGCGACGGCCGCGGCCUGCAGGCCGUGCCCCGGGCCUUCCCCAACGACACGCAGCUCCUGGACCUGAGGCGCAACCACUUCCCCUCCGUGCCCCGCGCGGCCUUCCCGGGCCUGCGCCGGCUGCUGUCGCUGCACCUGCAGCACUGCGGCGUCGCCGAGCUGGAGCCCGGCGCCUUGGCGGGCCUGGACCAACUGGUCUACCUGUACCUCUCCGACAACCAGCUGUCGGGCCUGAGCGCCGCGGCCCUCGAAGGGGCCCCCCGCCUCAGCUAUCUCUACCUGGAGCACAACCGCUUCCUGAGGGUCCCGGGGGCCGCUCUGCGUGCCCUACCCAGCCUCUUCUCUCUCCACCUCCAGGACAACGCGGUGGAGCGCCUGGCGGCCGGGGAUCUGACGGGAGCGCGGGCUUUGCGCGGCCUUUAUCUGAGCGGCAAUCACAUCGCCCAGGUUUCACCUGGGGCGCUGGGUGCGGCUCGGGAGCUGGAGAAGCUGCACCUUGACAGGAACCAGCUGCGGGAGGUGCCCACCGGUGCUUUGGAGGGGCUGCCUGCGCUCAAGGAGCUGCAGCUCUCGGGCAACCCGUUCAGGGCUCUGCAAGAUGGAGCCUUUCAGCCUGUGGGGCGGUCGCUGCAGCACCUCUUCCUGAACAGCAGCGGCCUGGAGCAGAUUUCUCCCAGGGCCUUCUCAGGCCUGGGAACAGGGCUCCGGAACCUGUACCUGCAGAAUAACCAGCUGCAGUCCCUGCCGGCACCUCUGGGGCUCAACGGGCUGGAGCUCAUUGACCUCAGCGGCAAUCCCUUCCACUGCGACUGCCAGCUGCUCCCGCUGCACAGGUGGCUCACUGGGCUGAACCUGCGGGUGGGGGCCACCUGUGCCACCCCUCCCAGUGUACGUGGCCAGAAGGUGAAGGCUGCAGCUACUGUCUUUGAAGCCUGCCCAGGCUGGACCGCCAGGAAGGCCAAGAAAACCUCCAGAGUCAGUGCCAGAAGAACCCCCAUCCACAGAAGACCUCGAGGAGCAGACAAGGGUUUCUCUGUGUAGCCUUGGCUGUCCUGGACGCCCUUUGCAGACCAGGCUGGCCUUGAACUCAUGGAGAGCUGACUGCCUCUGCUUCCUGAGUGCUGGGAUUACAGACGUGCACCACCGUGCCCUGACUCUUCUUGGUCCUGACCUGUGACCCCUGAGCUGGACAAUGACCCAUGAUCUUGUUGCAUGAUGUAGUAAUGUCCCCUCUCCUCAUGUCUUAAGAAAGUGACUUCAUACUUUCCUGGACGCCACAACUUAUUUAUCCCACUCCUGU